ACCCGGAAAAGAUAUUUGUUUAUGUUACUGCGCUUCAGACGACAUCGCAAUACACGCACAUCACUGACUGAGCACUUGCAUCCUUUCUACAGCCAGUACUUUAUUUGCAAGAGAUUCUACUGAUAUUUCUGUGCCUACUUGUCAUGGCAACUGGAGGCUUAAAAGAUGCACCAGAGGUGAUAACAGUCUCUGAUGCCAAUACACAGUUUGGUUUGGAGCUUUUUGGUAAAUGUGGAGCAGACAGAAAAGAUGAAAAUCUCUUUCUGGCACCAUUUAGUAUCAGCACAGCACUGGCAAUGACACAGCUGGGUGCAGGUGGGGCCACUGCUGCAGAGAUGGCAAAGGCCUUAAAAUGGCCUUCACAAGACAGGCCGCUGAAGGGUUUUGGCAGCUAUUUGUCUCUUAUGUCAUCAGCUGCUGAGGCACGUAAGGGAAAUAGCUAUAUAUUAUCUGGGGCACAACGUAUUUUUGUCAGACAGUCUCUGACACUGAAGCAGCAGUUUAAUUCAGAUGCCCAGCAGUACUUUGGCGCAGAUGCCAAGACAGCAGACUUCCAAUCAAAUGCUGAGACAGAACGUAAGAACAUCAACACAUGGGUAUCAGAGAAGACCCAGGGCAAAAUCAAGGAUUUGCUGCCUGCUGGCUCACUUGACUCACUCACAGCCAUGGUGCUAGUUCAGGCCACGUACUUCAAAGGAUUUUGGCUGGACAAGUUUGACCCUAGGAGGACAGUGAAAAGUUACUUCAAAGGAACUAAAGGUAAAGUGGAAGUGGACAUGAUGAGUCAACAAGCAAAAUUUCCUUAUGCUCAAUGUGAAUGGUUGUCAUGCUCUGCUAUUGAACUACCAUAUGCCAGAGGAGAUGGGUCUGAUCGCUAUGACCUCAGCAUGCUCAUUCUGUUGCCUGAUGAGGAUGAUGGCUUGGCAGCUCUGGAGGCAAGCUUGACAGCAAGUGAUCUUGCGAAGCUGAGGAGCUCAAUGACAACAAGUGGCAAAGUAAACUUGAAGUUACCACGCUUUUCCAUGGAAAGCAGUUUGAAAUUGAAGGAGGUGUUAAUCAGUCUGGGUAUGGUGAGUGCAUUUUCUGAGAAACAUGCUGACUUCACAGGCUUGGUGGAGCAGCUAAGUGAAGACCUGUACCUUUCAGAAGUCUAUCAUAAGGCUUUUGUGGAAGUAAAUGAAGAAGGAUCAGAAGCCGCUGCAGCAACAGGAGCUGCUAUAAAAAAGCGCAGCAUGUGUAUUAGUCGUAAUCUUUUUGUGGUUGAUCAUCCAUUUCUCAUCUUUAUCAUCGACCGAAGAGCUGACAUUGUUCUGUUCAUGGGCCGCCUAGUUAAUCCUGCUCAUUCUGAAAGGGCUGGGAAUCAGGAACUGUGAAUGUGUGAAUAAAAACAUUCAUAUUCAUGCUUAAACAGAAAAAUUAUCACAUCUUUAUUCAAUUCAUAUCAUUGUGAAAGAUAACUCUGCGCAACUGUUUAAUCCUGACCUGACACCUGGAAUCAAGGCCAUCAUCAUUAACUGUGAUUAGUUUGUUCUUUUAUUUCCUCCAUUUAAGUACAUUUUAUGUGCACUGAAAACUGAUGGGUGCCCACUAGUGCUCUCACCUUUUGCAUCACCAGUUGAUUUUGUAAUUACAUUGUAGUUUUGUAGAUAGCUGCUUUUUUUUUUAUUGCAGUUAGUUUUUUCAAGGGUGUGGGCAGUGGCAGGAGAGGCUGGUAAAGGAGGAUUAAGAGAAUGUUCUCUUGACUUUGUGAUAAAUUCAGUCUGAAGAGUUAUUUUCUGUUAUAGAAUUAAUAUCCAGAUUAUCUGUAUAUAUAUAUAUAUCAGAAGUAAGUGUUUGUGUUUUAUAUAUAUAUAGUUAUACAAUAUGUAAAUUUAAAUUUCAUUGCAAGUGUUCUCUAAUAUGGGGUUUACCAUCUUCAUGCAAUAUCUCUUUUUUGAAGCACUGUUUUAGUUUGCUCGUAGGAGUAGAGAUAGUGGUUUAAGAACUUGAGGCUGAUGGGUGUAAUUCACCGGAGUGUAUCAUUUAUUUUUCCAUUUAGGCCAUGGUAGAGGUCAAUGAGGAGGGGUCAGAGGCUGCUGCAGCAACUGCAGCUGUCCCAAGUGCACCAACUUGUAUUUUACCUAAGAUCAUUCCUUUUGUUGUUGACCAUCCAUUCCUCUUCAUUACCACUGAUAAUAGAGCAGGAUUUGUUUUGUUCAUGGGACACUUGACUAAUCCCUCAUGUGCACCUGGUAGACUGUAAAGAACUAUAAAUGAAAAUAAAUACAAAAAGAUUUUAUUUCUUGACAACUUUGUCAAUAAAUGUAGAUGGGGAAACUGUCAUUUUAAUUUUCACUAUUUCUUUUUUCUGACAAGAAAUAUGUUGUAAUUUACAUGCAGGUUAUUUUUGCAUCUUACUGAUUGUUCAUUAAAAAAUAAAAUGUGAAAUAUUUCAGAUAAUAGAGAUCUAUGGGUUUCAUGUUAAGGUAUUUUAAAUUAUAUUUUCACAAUAUACAUUUUAGAUCUCUUUAUCCUGUUUAGUUUCAUAGUAUACUUACAUAUUCAUAAAUAUUAUUUAUUUUUAUCAUUUAUAUAUUUAUUUCCUAUCACAUCUACAUUAUUAUUGUUAUUAUUUGUUACAAGUGAUAAUAGAGAUAGCUUUUCUGAAGAAAAUGACGACCUGAACCAUAGGUCAAAGGUUA